AAAAACGAUUGUCAUGGAUAAUUUUCCCAAGCUAGAGAUUCGCGUUUCUUUCUCUGCCUAGGCCCUCAGGCCUCGGAAGCCCUUUCGGGCGGAAGUGGGGACACCAGGUUGCGGGAAGGCUGGCCCCAACCACCAGGCUCGCUCAGCGUGGGGACUGGCGGCGGAACCGCGCGAAGGCGGAACUUUGGACGGGUGGAACUGCGGUCCUGCGGACCGUAGGGAGUGAAACACCCCCCGGCCCGGAAGGACCUGACGCGAGCUGGGACCUCGGCAGCCAUCGCGCUUUGCAGUUCGAACUAGGAGGGUGUGGAAUCGACGCCAAGCGAGGAAUUGCGAUCUCUCCAGUAGCAGUUCAAGUAAGGAACUGAACGAGAGGAGAGGCUAUUGCCUGGAUCCAGGGAAUCCCCUAGUAAAUACUGACAGGCCACCUAUAAACUGGAGACUCCAUAAGGAUUUGGAUAUGUCCUUCAUAUUUGACUGGAUUUACAGUGGUUUCAGCAGUGUGCUACAGUUUUUAGGAUUAUAUAAGAAAACUGGUAAAUUGGUAUUUCUUGGAUUGGAUAAUGCAGGAAAAACAACAUUGCUACACAUGCUAAAAGAUGACAGACUUGGACAGCAUGUCCCGACGUUACAUCCCACUUCAGAAGAACUAACCAUUGCUGGCAUGACCUUUACAACUUUUGAUCUGGGUGGACAUGUUCAAGCUCGAAGAGUGUGGAAAAACUACCUUCCUGCUAUCAAUGGCAUUGUAUUUCUGGUGGAUUGUGCAGACCAUGAAAGGCUGUUAGAAUCAAAAGAAGAACUUGAUUCACUGAUGACAGAUGAAACCAUUGCUAAUGUGCCUAUAUUGAUUCUUGGGAAUAAGAUUGACAGACCUGAAGCCAUCAGUGAAGAGAGGUUGCGAGAGAUGUUUGGUUUAUAUGGUCAGACAACAGGAAAGGGCAGUGUAUCACUGAAAGAACUGAAUGCCCGACCCUUAGAAGUUUUCAUGUGCAGCGUGCUGAAAAGGCAAGGUUACGGCGAAGGUUUCCGCUGGAUGGCACAGUACAUUGAUUAACAACAACCUGCAUCAGUUCCAGGUCUCACCAUUCAGGCCUACUCAGAGAUUUGAUCACUCAACAUGCAUAACUUGAAUUCAAUAGACUUUUGUUGGUUAGAAAACAGAUGUUUUUUAGAUUAAUAUUAUAUCAACUUGAGUGCAAAUUUAAAACUAAUUCAAUGUAAGUUUGAAUAUCACAAUGUUAGCUUUCUAAUUCCAUAAAAAUAAUUAGUUUUUACAGUUUAUAAUCUGACAUUACCCCCAGCGCCAUUUGUAAAGAACAACUUUCCAGCAGUACAUUUGAAGCACUUUUUAACAACGUGAAAUUACAAAUGUAAACCAUAUUUAAAAGCUCAUCAUGUUAAAUUUUUAUGUACUAUUUUGGAACUAGUUUUUAAAUUUUAGAUUAUAUGCCCACCUAUCUUAAGUGUACAGUUAAUAAUUAGCUUAUUGAUGAUUGCAUGAUGCCUUACAGUUUUCAAUAUUUUUUCUUAUGCAAACGUCAUGCAAUAAAACAAACCCUAAUGUUUGGCA